GAAGCAAACAAGCGUAAAGAGCCAUUAGAGCUCAAGCAGAGGAACUGUGUGUGUGAGUGACUGCAGAUAUUCGGGACAUACUCUGAUCAUUGGGAUUGUAUCGCGUUGAGAAUUAAGGACACUUGCUGUUUUGAAACCGAAGGUGAAAUGUCGUUUUCCCAGCUGGUUUUUGUGCUGGUUGUACUGGAUUUGGAGUAGAUCUGAACUGUUCUGAUGGCUGCAGUCCAGUGAAACCGGCCUGUCUUUGGAUCUCCAGUGAGUGUGUGUGUGUAUGAAUGUGUGUGUGAAUGUGUGUAUGAAUGUGAGUGUGUAUGAUGAGUCCGUAUGUGUGUGUGUAACCCCUGCACAUUUUCUUGGAGGGCUAUUUUUCGUGUGUUUUGGAUCUAUGGCAUGCAUCUAGAUCGGGCUGGGUCCUCUGGGGGGGCAACAAUGUGGGUUACUGGGAAGGGGAAACCAACAGGACCCUGAGGCAUUUGUAGAUGUGCUUCCCGACCGCCUCAGUCGUCUGAGAAGGUCAGACCUCCCUGUGGCACGCUUGGGCCGCUGGCACUAAGAUGUCCCUCAGUAGUGGCACUGCAGGCGGGAAAGGUGUGGACUCGAAUGCGGUGGACACUUACGACAGCGGGGAUGAGUGGGAUAUUGGUGUAGGAAACCUGAUUAUUGACCUCGACGCCGACUUAGAGAAAGACAAGCUUGAGAUGUCUGGCACCAAGGACGGGGACGGGAUGGCUACUGCCUCGAGCGCCGUAGCGGCAUUGCCUGACAACAUUAAGUUCAUUAACCCGGUGCCUCCUCCACCGAUCAAGGACAGCAAAUCCAAAGCUAAGCGUAGCAAGAAUUCCAAGGACAGUAGCAAGUCCUCAACCCCUGAUGGGGGCAAGAAGGACGCCCAGGGACGGACUCAAAACGAGGGCACUGGGCCAACCGCAGGAAGCGGUUCCACGACCUUACCUUCUGGGAAAGGCUCUGAUAAAAGUAACAAGGCCUCCCGUAAUGUUCAGAGUGGAAAAAAGGACAAGGACGGUUCUGGGAAAAGCAAGAAGGAGAAAAACGAAGGGGUGCAAGUUGGGAACGUGCCCUUGGAUAAGGACCCAUCGGCCCAGGUUAUGCCUUUAGGCCAGGCACGCAAUACCCCAUUUGAGGGGACGCAAAAUUCGGACCUUGGUGGUGCUGAUCAACUAGGGAAUAUUACCCUUGAUACCAGUGGAAUAGUCACACCUUUGGCUAUCAAGAGCGAACCAGAAGAAGUGGAAAAUAAUGACUGCAGGAGCAUGAAGAAAGUAAAAAGUGAGAAGAUGGAGUCUCCGGUGUCCACGCCGGCACCGCCACCGCUGCACCUCCUCGCGCCGGUCCUCAGCGCCGACGUGUCGUCCUCGUGCGAGCAGAUCAUGGUCCGCACGCGCUCCGUGGCCGUCAACACCUCUGACGUGGCCCUGGCCACCGAGCCCGAGUGCCUGGGUCCCUGCGAACCGGGAACCAGCGUCAACCUGGAGGGCAUCGUCUGGCAGGAGACGGAGGACGGUAUGCUGGUUGUAAAUGUUACCUGGAGGAACAAGACGUAUGUGGGCACCCUGCUAGACUGCACCCGACAUGACUGGGCUCCUCCACGGUUCUGUGAGUCACCCACAAGUGACCUGGAGAUGAGGAAUGGCCGUGGACGGGGUAAAAGAAUGAGGCCCAAUAGCAAUACGCCAGUCAAUGAAAACAGUAACUCUUCUGAUAACAAAGGCAGCAACACCAGCAAGACUCGAGCCGCGUCGAACAGCAAAGGGCGACGGGGCAGUCAGAAUUCCUCUGAGCGACGAACCCCACCAAACAGCAACCCUGAGGAUAUAAAGGCUAGUCCUUCAUCUGCUAACAAACGCAAGAACAAACCUGCCUCAGACAUGGAGCCCAAUUCUAGUUCUGAGGAUACUAAGGGUAGCAAACGAAUGCGAACCAAUUCGAAUAGUGGAAUACCUCAUACUAUUCUUCCCCUGUCCAACAUCAAAGCUGAAUCCUUGCCCCCUUCUUUAGAUCGCAGCUGCCCCUCACCGGUUCUCAUUGAUUGCCCCCAUCCCAACUGCAACAAGAAAUACAAGCACAUUAAUGGACUUAAAUAUCACCAGGCUCGUGCUCACAAUGAUGAUGAUAUCAAGCUGGACAUAGAUGGUGAUAGUGAGUAUGGUGAGGACUCCACUUUGCACCCUGAGUCAGGUAGUUGCAAUGGUGCAUCCAUUUCCCAGAAGGGUUGUGCAUCUCCUGCAAGGUCGAACACACCCAAAGGUAGAGGAUUUGAUGCCCAGAGCCAAUCACCCUCAUCAGGAAAGUUCAGCUCGAAGCAGCCUGGCAAGAAGAAACCAGAAACUGAGCAUGACUCUGUUGUGCCCAUGGAUGGCUGUGAGGAUGGCCCAUGUCUUACAGAUGAGACGAGCAAUGAUGGCAUUGAUGAUAAAAGAGGCUUGGAUAAAGCUAAGAAGUCUGGGAGUAGUACCAAGGCAGACAAACUUGCUCAGAAGGCAAUGAAGUCCGCAAGACCCCUGGUUCCCUCUUUACCUCCACAGCAAUUGUACAACUUACCAACCUCUGGCUUCCCUGCUCCCAAUUCUGGCUCCUCCGCCAGUAUGGGCUCUGUGGUCCAGUCCAUUAGCAAGAGCCCCCAACUAAAGUCCAUUCAACCCAAACCUGCAGUAAUAGGAGAUCCCUCAAUUAACCCAGUCUUAAGCGGUUCUAAGGACAAGAAAAAGAAAGAUAAGAAAAAGAAGGAGGGCAGUAAGGAAGGAGACAGUCCAAAAGCCCCUUCCAAAGGAGGGAAACCUGAAGAAGGUAAGAGCCCAUAUUCUGAAAGCUCAGACCAAGGCAGUAAGAUUGAGGGACUGUUAAACGGAUCCACGGAUCCACAUCAAAGUCGGCUAGCCAGCAUGAAAGCAGAGGCAGACAAAAUCUACAGCUUUUCUGACAAUUCCCCCAGUCCUUCUAUUGGCGUGGCUAGUCGGAUAGAAAGUGGUGGGAUGGCACAGCCUCUUACUCCACUGCAUGUGGUUACCCAAAAUGGGGCAGAUAACUCUUCUGUGAAGACCAAUAGCCCAGCAUACUCUGACAUCUCAGAUGCAGGGGAGGAUGGCGAGGGCAAAGUGGAUGGUAUAAAGGUCAAGUCUGAGGAUCAGGCAGUUCGGGAAGGUGCCAAGAAAUCUCUAUUUCCAUCCCAACCACCAAACAAAGACCCCUCUUAUUAUCCAGGUUACGAAACAUACUAUUCGCCCAAUUAUAGCAACCCAAACCCCAGUCCAGGAGUCUCUAACCCUGCCACAUCGUUGCAAGAUGUUGCAGUGAAGGUGAAAAAAGAGGAGGAACCAGAACCAGGGAUUGACAAGGGCAAAUCAGAGCCGCCUGAAGAACGAAAGCCAGAUAUAGUUGUACCCUCUCAACAGCAACAGCAACCGCAACAGCAACCGCAACAGCAGCCUUCGGUCAUUCAACAGCGUUCUAGCAUGUUCAUGCAGCCCCUCUAUUACAAUCAGUAUGCCUAUGUACCUCCCUUUGGCUAUUCACCAGAUCAGACCUAUCAUAACCACCUGCUGAACACAAGCCCAGCUUACAGGCAACAGUGUGAGGACCGACAACGACAAGCUGCUGAGCAGCAUCGUGUUGCAGAGAAGAAAUCAGAGGCUGCUCAGAAGGACAGGGAAGCCUCCAUUAAGCAAGAAGAAUGGAAGCAGAAAGCUUCGGUUCCUCCAACAUUGUCUAAGGCGCCAAGCAUCUCAGACUUGGGCAAGCCGUCCCCACAGAGCAAGCCCAAAGAUCCCUCAGAGCCUGGCAAGUCAGUCAUUAUCCCCAAAGGGGAAGAUGGGAAGGGACAGAGCCAGCAAGGUGAGGGUUUGAAAAUGAAGCUAAGUGAAGCUGGCCAUCAUACAAAGGAUGAGCAGAAAUCAGGCCUCGAGUCUGGAAGAUCGGCUAUGGAGCAGGCAAUGUACAUGUAUAGACAGGAGCCAGACUCUCGACUGUGGCCCUACGUUUACCCCAGCAAGUACCCUGAUGCUCAGAAACAGAUUGAUGAGGAGAGGUGGAAGGAAGAGCGAGAACGGGAUCGUGAGCGAGAAAAGGACCGAGAUCGGGACAGAGACCGUGAGAGAGACCGGAAGGGCAAAGAUGAAAGGUCACGUCAUAAAGACACUCCCUCUAAAGAGGAAAAUAAGGAAGUGGCAGAACCACGAACUUCAUCAGCCCCAGAGGAGCAUAGAGGAGUUAGCAAAGAUCCACGAGCACAUAUGCAGUUUUCCACACCUCUGCCGCAGCACCAGUCAUAUAUGUCAUAUAUGCACGGAUACCCCUAUGGUCAAGGUUAUGACACCGGCCAUCCGGGAUACAGGGGGAUGCCUGCUGUCAUGAUGCAGAAUUACCCUGGAUCGUACCUGUCGCCAGGGUACUCCUUUUCUCCAUAUGGCAGUAAGAUGCCCCCUGGUGAGGAGGGUGAGAAGGCUCGUGCCAGUCCUACGGUGAGCGGCAAGUCUGCGUCAGAGUCCAAAGCCCUGGACAUCUUGCAUCAGCAUGCUAACCAGUACAAGAGCAAAUCACCCACAGUGGGUGAAAAGAUGCCCCAUGAAAGAGACCGAAGUGGGAGUGACCGAGAAAGAGACGGUGAACGUCCAAGAUCUUCACCUUCUCAGCGGAUCAUGCCUUCCCACCAUCAUCUAGGCUAUCCACUACUCCCAGGACAGUACGACCUGUCUUAUGCUACAGGUAUCUCCUCUUCAGCCAUUGUUGCAAGUCAACAAGCCUCCGCCCCUUCACUUUACCCCCCCGCACGGAGGUGAGAAUGGGAGAAGUGACUAGCCGCUUUUCUGCAGAAAUGUGACUGGUUCACAUGAGGACAUGGUGUGGAGGAGCUUAUGACAUCAGUUCAAUGAUGUUCCUGAUUUCUUUAUGGUUCUUUUUCCCCGGACUUCUUCUCGGCGCCUUCGUCCAACACCGUCAGAGAGGAGAAAAAGCAGAUCCAUGCGCCUCCCUCUCUGUGCUGCUGGAAACAUACUCAGGAGAGAGGAGACACACACGAUGCGCAAGCUCUCGGAAAACACACACGGACCUACAGAAUGUGGGAAAUCUUCAAUGAAUGCUAAGACAUUCCUGGAAGUCACUACAUUGUGUUUAAGGUGGAGUUCUGAUGUUCUGGACUGCUGCUCUAGAGCCAUAAGGAUUAUUGUUGUUUCCCCCCCGAAGGAUUCCAGCAUCUUCAUCUUCACACAUUUACACACACAAUCUCUUUGUGGACACUAUGCAAGUGGAUAAGGCUUGAUUCCCUCACUCAGUUCAUUCAGGGCAGUCCCGUUGCGAAGCUAUCGUUUCAACAUACUUGAGUUCCUUGUUCAACAGGCAGUUUUUAAUGCACUUCCCUGCCUUUGACGUUCAUAGUUAUUUUCUUUCACGUUCCUUUUGACUUUUCAUUUAUGGAUGAUGAACAAAUAGCCCAAAGUCACUCCGUUAACUGCUUAGCAUUGGUCGUUUUGCAGUGCAAGGCAAAUGUUUUGUUCUCGAACGGGCGACGGGGCUUCGCAUCGGUCGUUAAAGGGAUAGUUCACCCAAAAAUGAAAAUUAGCCCAUGAUUUACUCUCCCUCAAGUCAU